AUGUAUACAAUUUCAUCAUUCUCACCAGAUACGAUACCAAAACCUCAUUCAUCAUCAGCAUUAGGAAGAAUAGGAACCAUCAAGUUAUUAAUUUUAGCAAUAGUAUUUCCAAUCAUGAUUCUUACAAUUGUAAAUCCCAUGUGGGUUUGCGUUUUCAUGAAAACACCUCAUUUACAUGGACCAAUCUCCAACGUAAAGGUCCAUGAUCAUACCAAGAAUUCACAUACCAAUACGCAAUUUCAAGGUGGGAUUAAAAUAACGAAAGAAACAUUGGAUAUAAUUGUCGCAUCAAAAGAUGGUCGUCAUUUACAAGAAUUAGAGACUUCUGUCACUAUAAUUGAAAACGUUACCCCAAACACCAAAAAUCAACCUAAUCAACAUAAUCAUGAAUCGAUCAUGGAUCGGAUUAGAGAAAGGGUAUUUAAGAAUCGUAACAAUUGCGCUUAUUUUGCUUUAACUGUCUUAUUAUUAUGUGCUGUUAUCAUCGGUGGGGUUAUCUUUUAUUUUAGAGAUGAUCGUAAGAUGUAUUAUGAAGAAAAAAAAUCAUCAACCUAUGACGAAAAGAAUGUCGAGGAAAAUAACAAUACCACGGACCAGGAUAAGAAUCUUACUCGAGUUUCAUUUCAUGAUGCUCAUUUUGACCCUACUACCACUCUUUCACCACCACUUUAUUCUUCCAAUACAGAUAAUGAAUUAAUCUCUGCCACGUCUUCAUCAAUUCCUCUAACAGAAAAUAUUCAAAAAUCGGUUGACGAAAAUAAUUUGUAA